AUGGCCGAAUCCAAACAUCCAGAUCUCACUUCCUUCAAGGCCCUGAGCUUCGACGUAUACGGCACACUGAUAGACCAGAACGCGGGGCUUCUCAAAUCGCUGAGCGCCAUCACCUCGCAGCUGCCGGCGGACCACGCGCUGAACGAGGAGCCGCCGGUCCAGGCGCUGGCGCGGUUCCGGGAGCAGGUGCUGGCGCUGGAGGCGCGCGAGCCGACGCUGCUGUUCAACGAGAACCAGGCCAUGAGCGCGGUGGCGCUGGCGCACGAGCUGGGCGUGAGCCUGUCCGACAGCGUCGCGGAGCCGUUCGGCAACGCCCCCGGCACCUGGGCGCCGUUCCCGGACACGGUGGACGCGCUGCGGCGGCUGGGCGCCCGCUUCCGCCUCGCCGUGCUGAGCAACGUCGACAACGCCAACUGGCGCAGCACCCAGGAGCGCCAGCUCGCCGGCGUGCGCUUUGACGCCGUCUGCACGGCGCAGGACAUCGGGUCGUACAAGCCCGACCGCAAGAACUUUGAGUACCUCUUCGGCCACUGCCGCAAGGAGCUGGGCGUGGACCCGGACAAGGGAGAGCUGCUCCAUGUGGCGAAGAGCUUAGAGUUGGACCACGUGCCCGCGAAGGAGCUGGGGCUGAGGAGCGUGUGGAUCAGUAGGGGCGGCGACCAGGAGCUUGAGAAAUUCCAAGGGCGUGUUGCGUACGAGUGGAAGUUUGCUACGCUUGGAGAGUUUGCCGACGAGGUUGACAGACAGUUCAAGGCAAAGGGCCAGUGA